UGUAUAAAAUGCAUUCUGACUACUAUAACCUCAUACCCUCUCUAGUAUUCUUCUAUUCCUCAAGUAUUCUUCUCUGUGCAAUUCCUAUUUCAAACACUUAGUUUGUUUUUGUUUUUGUUUUCAUUUAUGAGAACCACUGAGUUUAACCAGAAUUCCCAGUGUAACCGUGGGAAUGGAGUAUCUACUGGAGCCUGGUAGAUACCUUCCUGGAAACACAACUGAAGACAGUUAACUAUCUCUCUCCCAGAAUCCCUCAGUAACCAGAUCAUCAGCAGAGUUCUUAGACUUGAUUCUUAAAUGCAGAACUGGCUGAGCACCAUUAUUUCUUUAAUAAUAUCAUUUGCUUAUCUUUUCUAUUGUCAUAUAGACACCACAGGUUUCUGAAUUCCAAGAAUUUAGUGCUCAGCAGAAGAGAUGAAUAAAAUAUAACUGGGACAAUGAUAGCCACAAUAAUUAAUGGAACCUCAAAAUGGAGUAUUAUUUUUCUGGAAGCUUUGACCAGAACAAAACAAUUUCUAUGUGCUAUUAUGCUUCACGGAUUCAAAAAAUCGUGGAUCAAAGAAUAUUGACUUAGCCCAAAAACCUUAAAAUUUCACAUUCUGAUUGAGACUAUAAAACAGUCAGUGCCACCAACAACCAGGGAACAGUUACCAGACAAGCAUGACACUGAGCAGAUGGGCGAUAGUGGCAUUGCUUUAUGCAUUCUGUCAGCAGUAUUUGCUGAGUGCAGGAGGAACUGAAGAAGGACACUUCCACAUGAGCCUUUCUAAUCCUGCCUAUUUAAUCCAACAUUCCCCAAAGCCUCAAAGUUUAACACACCACAGCGUUUGUCUUUUCCCUUCUCUAAUGAUUCCCCUGAUAUACCUCUCUCCCUAGAUCACGUGAUCAUGCAUUCAUUCUAUUGCAGCUGGCAACUGCUGCCCCUACGAUCAGUCUUUGUUCAGAGGCUACCAGCCAGUAUAAUAAUCAAUUACUCUCAGCAAAAAUGCAUACAUCAAUUUGUCUUGCACAGUUAAUGAAAUGCAUCCAGGGUGGACAAAAGGGUUGCUCUGAACUAUGUCUAAUAAAAGACUAAAUCUGUAGGAAUACAUAUAAAAAGGCUAAACUGCCCUGAUCAACACACGGAAAUAGAAAACAAUUGCUUAAUUCUCCAGUAGAAAUGAAUCUGUUAAAUUUCAUUGACUUAUUACUUUUGUUUUAGAAAGCACAGGUCGAGUUACUGAGAAGCCAGAGGAGGAAAAAAAGAACUGUGUCUUAAUUGCAGCCUUGAAGAAUAGAAAAAAUGCAAAGGCGAACACCUUUAAAAGUAUUUUUUUUUUCUACUUUUGCAGCCGAUGUAGUUCUGUUUGUUUGUUCCCAAGAGGAAGGACUAGAGUUCAGGAAAAGGGAGGCCAGUUUUGUGAGUUACAGGGGAUUUCCCCACAGCAGUUGAUAGUUUCUGAGCAGCACUGUCAACAUCUCCUGGAAGUCCCCGCCUCUUUAAGCUAAGGAAAUGCCCAGUAACUUUCGUUUUACUCUGAAGCUGUCUGUACAGUGUGAAAGAACUGAGGCUUUUUCUCAUGGCUGAAAACAAUCACCCUGACAAACCACUUAAGGUGUUGGAACAGCUGGGCAAAGAAUUCCUUACGGAGUACCUAGAAAAACUGGUACAAAGCAAUGUACUGAAAUUAAAGGAGGACGAGAAACAAAAGUUUAACAAUGCCGAACGCAGUGACAAGCGCUGGGUUUUUGUAGAUGCCAUGAAAAGGAAACACAGCAAAGUAGGAGAAAUGCUUCUGCAGACAUUCCUUAAUGUGGACCCAGGCAGCAGUCAUGGUGAAGCUAAUCUGGAAGUGGAGGAACCCGAAGAAUCAUUGGACACUCUCAAGCUUUGUUCCCCUGAGGACUUCACAAGGCUUUGCAGAGAACAGGCACAAGAAAUUUACCCAAUAAAGGAGGUCAAUGGCCGUACUCGGAAGGCUCUUAUCAUAUGCAAUACAAAGUUCAAACAUCUCUCACUGAGGCAUGGGGCUGAAUUUGACAUCACUGGCAUGAAAGGCCUUCUUGAAGACUUAGGCUAUGAUGUGGUGGUAAAAGAGGAGCUUACAGCUGAGGGCAUGGAAUCAGAGAUGAAAGACUUUGCUGCACUCUCAGAGCACCAGACAUCAGACAGCACAUUCCUGGUGCUGAUGUCUCAUGGCACACUGUAUGGCAUUUGUGGAACAAUGCACAGUGAAAAAACUCCAGAUGUGCUACAGUAUGAUACCAUCUAUAAGAUAUUCAACAAUUGCCACUGUCCAGGUCUACGAAACAAACCCAAAGUCAUAAUUGUGCAGGCCUGCAGAGGGGGGAACCCUGGGGAAGUGUGGAUCAAAGAGUCUUCAAAACCCCAGCCAUGCAGAACUGUAGAUCUACCUAGGAAUAUGGAAGCUGAUGCUGUCCGGCUGAGCCAUGUGGAGAAGGACUUCAUUUCCUUCUACUCUACAACCCCACAUCACUUGUCCUACCGAGACAAAACAAGAGGCUCUUACUUCAUCACCAAACUCAUUUCCUGCUUCCGGAAACAUGCCUGUUCUUGCCAUCUCUUAGAUAUAUUUCUGAAGGUGCAACAAUCCUUUGAAAAGCCAAGUAUUAAUUCCCAGAUGCCCACCAUUGAUCGAGCAACCUUGACAAGAUAUUUCUACCUCUUUCCUGGCAACUAAGAACAAUGCAACAAGCAACUGAAGCUCGCUUCUUCAGCUUGAAGAAUUGAUCUUGGCCAAGGAUCACAUUCUAUACCUGCAAUUCCAGAACUAGGGAAACUGAGGAAAGAAUAAUUAUGAAUUCAAGACCAGUCCAAGCAAUACAGUGGGAUUCUGUCACAUAAACAAGCAAACAAGCAAAAA